AUGCAUAGAAAUUGUCUGGCAGUCGCACGGAAGACCCUGACCUUCAGUUCCAGACUUGAAUCUUCGUGGACAUCACUGCGAUCACCAAGGUUGAUCUACCUCAGUACGCAGGCUUCUUGGAAGCCACAGCAGAGCGCCCGUUUUAUGUACAGCACACUCAACAGAGCCAUGGAUCCAGGCGUGAUAGCGGUUAUUGGCACGACAGGAGUCGGGAAGUCCAACCUAUCGAUCCAGCUUGCCAAAGAACUGGAUGGUGAAGUUAUCAACGCGGAUGCACUGCAGGUCUAUAAAGGGCUGGACAUUAUCACCAACAAAAUGCCAAUGGACGAACGUGAAGGUAUCACCCACCAUCUUAUGGACUUUCUCCCUAUGGACCAAGAGUACUCUGUUCUCGACUUCAAAGCGGAUGCACUAGAACUGAUCAAACAGAUUCACGAUCGAAAGCAUAUGCCUAUUGUCGUCGGAGGCACCCAUUACUACAUUCAAUCGCUUUUAUGGCGCGACACGCUACUCGACACAAAAAAGAAUGUGGGCUCUUCGACCGAAAGACAAGUACAAGAACAGAAUGAUUCCAACGAAAAGUUUUUGCGGGAAUCCGAUACUUCUACAUUAUACAGGAAACUGCAGGAGGUAGACCCAAUCAUGGCCAACAAAUGGCACGAAAACGACAGAAGAAAGAUCACGCGGUCCCUGCAGGUCUUUUUUGAAACGGGCGAAUGUCAGAGUGACUUGAUCAAGAAACAGCACGCCUUACCAGACAACGAAAGAUUACGGAUGCCAUCGUGUAUAUUCUGGAUCUACUCAGCACCGGACGUAUUGAACGCACGCUUGGAUGCAAGAGUCGACACAAUGAUCAAGGGAGGUCUUUUUGAUGAAAUCAAAGGGAUGCGGAAAAGUGUUGGAUCGAAUACUGACUAUGAGCGCGGAAUCUGGCAAGCAAUCGGAUACAAAGAGUUCGAUCCGUACUUCACAGCCUUCGAGGAGGCUAUCAAAGACAAACAGCCUACUGACACCAAGGAACUGGAAGACCUAAAAGCCGAGUGCACAGAAACCAUGAAGGUCAGAACCCGACAGUACGCCAAGAGACAGGUACUCUGGAUCCGCAACAAACUGUUGCCGCUAUGUCGAGAGAAAGAAGUCAAAGUCUUUUUGCUGGACGCGACAUCGCUUGAUACUUGGAAGGAAAACGUUGGAAACGCCGCUGUCAAGAUUGCAAAAGAUUUCUUUGCUGGAAACGCACUCCCAAAUCCGGAAGACUUGAACCCGUACGCCAGAGAGAUGCUGACUGCACAACGCGAUCUUGACACUGUAGCUGCUCUGGAAUCAUGGGAAAAGAAAGAGUGUGACAUCUGCACUGGGAUGCAAAGAAUUAUGCAUGAAAAAUACGCCUCUGGCUCCAUAGAAUCCCUCCCACCCGUGAUUAUCCAUGGACCAACAGGAUGGGAACAGCAUCUUCGAUCCAAGCAGCAUCGGAAGAUGAGAACCAAUAAGGCAGAGAUGGAGCGCGACGGAUCCAAUUGGUGGUACUUCAAGGCUCAGGAGUAUAAGAAGCGGAAACGAGAGGGAACAUUGAACAAUGAGGUUGAGGUAAUAGGGGAACAUGACGGAGGGAGUCCAGCGAAAGUACGGAGGACAACCGAAACUACGAGUACGAGCGACACUAAGUAG